AUGAACUCUAGCGUGCGAGUUCUCAAGGUCACCCGUGUCCACCCUGCCGGUGCCACUGCCGCCGACGACCACGAGCUCUCCUUCUUCGACGCCAUGCACAUCGCCGAGAUACCGAUUCAGCGGCUCUUCUUCUUCGACGGCCCGGGCCUCCCGCCGUUUGCGUCCCUCGUAAGCGCCCUCAGGUCCUCUCUAGCCGACACCCUCGCCGUUUUCUUCCCACUCGCCGGCGAGCUGGUUUUCCGCCCCUCCUCCGGUUCUGUCGUCGUCGACUGCUCCACGGCCGCGGGUGUCAGGUUCGUGGAGGCCGAAUACUUGGGAAGCGCCGACGACAUGCGCCGCCUGGCCCGCCAGGACGAGCAUGCCACCAAGGAAUUCUUGCAGCUUGUCCCGGACAUGGAAGUGAUGCAGCUGCCCGCAGCCGUUCUCGCCGUGCAGGUCACCAGGCCGGCGGUGGGCUACGACGCCGUGGCAGUAGGGGUGUCCAUCCUGCACGCGGUCGUCGACGGCCAGGCCGUGUGGCAGUUCAUGCGGGCGUGGUCCACGGCGUCGCGGGAGGGUGCCGCCGCGCCAGGGAGGCUUGAACCACCGCCGACGUUUGACCGGGCCGCGAUCCUGCAGCAUCCCAUGGCAGUGGAGCUGUCCAGAGAGUUCCUGCGCUUUUUCGCGCCGGCGCUGCCUCUGCUGACGUCACCAUCCUCGUCGUUCAGGACAUCCACAGUAGACACCACGGAGCAGAUCCUACGGACCUUCGUGCUCACCGCCGACAGGAUCCGGUCCCUGAAGCAGCUGUGCAUUCUGCAAAAUGGAACUACCGGCACCCAGCCGCCGACCAGCACCUACGUCGCCGUCUCGUCCCUAGUAUGGGCGUCCCUCGUCCGCGCCAAGUCCACGGACGAGGACCACGCGGAGGACGCCCACUUCACGGUGGUCGCGGACUGCCGCGGCCGGCUGCGGCCGCCGCUCGGCGAGGGCUACUUCGGGAACUGCGUCAGGGCGUGCUUUGCGAGGGUGAACAUUGGCGACUUGUGCGGCGAGGGUGGGGUUGCGCUCGCCGCCAGGGCCAUCCAGGAACGCAUCCGGGAGGACCUGGAUCGAGCCUCCGACCCGCUGGAGGGGAUGGAUCGCGUGCUGGAGGUCGUCCACGGCACCCCCAAGGAGCGGCUGACCUCUGUGGGGUCGUCGCAUCGGUUCAUGGCGUACGAGACGGACUUCGGGUGGGGCGCCCCGAGCCGCGUCGAGCUGGUGUCCAGGUUCACGCCGGAGCUGGUGACGCUGCUCGGAGCGAAGGAGGCCGGCGCCGUGCAACUCUCCGUGGCGCUUCGCCGGCCCUUGAUGGAGGCAUUCGCGGCCAACUUCCUUACGCUGGCCGGGAGCAGCUAG